UCUAGAAAUUGGAACACAUUAAGUAUAUUAUCCCAAAGCAUGUGUUCAGACCUAUUCAUUCAAGAGGGAAAGGUGUUGAUCUUGGGCACUACGCAUUCAUUUGUGUUCUUGCUUUCCCAACAAGUGGUAUCAGAGCACCGGAGUAAUCUGUUAUUUGUCUUGAUUGAAUGAUGGAGCCAAAUUACAGCAGGAUGAUCAGUUUGAAUGGCACAAAUUAUCACAAAUGGAAGGGUAAAAUGAAGGACUUACUCUUUGUGAAAAAGAUGCAUCUACCAGUGUUUGCUACUCAGAAGCCAGAGUCAAAAAGUGAUGAAGAGUGGGCUUUUGAACAUGAAAUGGUUUGUGGUUUCAUUCGUCAGUGGGUAGAUGAUAAUGUCUUGAAUCACAUCUACAAUGAAUCUCAUGCUAGAACUCUGUGGGACAAGCUUGAAUCCUUGUAUGCAUCAAAAACAGGGAAUAACAAGCUAUAUUUACUUAGGCAAGCUAUGAAUCUGAGAUUCAAGGAAGGUUCUUCUAUUUCUGACCACUUGAAUGAAUUUCAAGGGUGUUUUGAUCAGUUUUCAGACAUGGGUGUAAAGUUCGAGGAUGAGAUUUUGGGGCUUUGGUUGCUGAAUACUUUGCCUGAUUCUUGGGAAAAUCUUCGUGUGUCUUUGAUUAGUUCUGCUCCCGGUGGUUCAGUAACUAUGGAGUAUGUCAAAGCUGCCGUUCUGAAUGAAGAAGUGAGACGUAGAACUCAUGAGACAUCUACUUCAAAAUCUGAUGUCUUGGUUACUGAAAAUAGGGGGAGAAGCAAAGACAGAGAUCAUGGAGAAUUCAAAAGGGGCAAGAGCAGGAGCAAGUCCAGAUCAAAAUACAAAAAUGUUGAGUGCCAUUAUUGUCAUAAAAAGGGGCACUUGAUGAAAAACUGCUUCAAGCUGAAGAACAAAGAUAAGAACAAGCCAGAAGGGAAAGAUGGUGAAAAUGAUCGCCAUGUUGCAGCCACGACUUCAGGUGAUCUCAUAGUAAUUUCUGAUAACGACUUGAUUAAUGUUGCCUCUGAUGAAUCAAGUUGGGUUAUCGAUAGUGGUGCCGCUUUCCAUGUGACGUCAAGGAAAGAUUUCUUCACAUCUUAUACUCCAGGUGAUUAUGGGGUAUUGAAGAUGGGUAAUGAUGGUCGUUCACAGGUUGUUGGCAUUGGAGUUGUUGUCUUGGAAACCAAAACUGGGAUGAAGUUAGUGUUGAAGAAUGUCAGACAUGCACCAGAUAUUUGCUUGAAUCUGAUAUCUACUAGUGUUUUGGAUGAUGAAGGUUAUGUGAGUACCUUUGGUGAUGGGCAAUGCAAACUCACUAAGGGUUCUCUUAUUGUGGCUCGUGGGAAGAAGUGUUCAGAUCGAGUAUGGUCCGGGAAAGAUGUUUCUUAUGACCAUUUGCGUGUUUUUGGGUGUAAAGCUUUUGUACAUGUGCCAAAGGACGAGAGAUCCAAAUUAGAUGUCAAGACGAGACAGUGCAUCUUUGUUGGCUAUGGUCAUGAUGAAUUUGGCUAUAGACUUUAUGAUCCUAAGAAGCUUGUCAGAAGCCGUGAUGUUAUCUUUAUGGAGGAUCAGAAUAUUGAAGAUAUUCAGAAGAUGGAGAAGUCAGAGUCUCAAAGUUAUGAUGAUCUUGUUGAUUUGAAUCCAACUCCCGUGGCUCAUACGCCUAAUGCUACCAAUGGAGAUCAGAAUGAUGAUAACAGUCAUGUUCCACAUGAUUUUACCGAUGGUAAUGGUGAAGAAGAAUCAAAUGAGGCACAUAAUCAACCUCAUGUUGAUAACAAUGCACCUACAGUUGCUCUCAGGAGAUUCAUUCAAGAGGGAAAGGUGUUGAUCUUGGGCACUACGCAUUCAUUUGUGUUCUUGCUUUCCCAACAUUGGGAUCGCGAAGGCAUGAAUGAAGCAAAAUAUUUGUAUGAUUCUUCUUUUCCUGCCUAAUUCAAAUAACAAAAUAUUCGGUUA